CCGAUCGCUCGGAUUUUUGCAAACUCGGUAAUUUCGUUGGUACGGUCCGCGAAACAAAGCCGCCACCAUGGAUGUCAUCAAGAAGAAGAUGCAAGCGAUGAAGCUUGAGAAAGACAAUGCUAUGGACAAGGCCGACACCUGCGAAGGGCAGGCAAAAGAUGCGAAUAUGCGCGCGGAUAAGGUUCUCGAGGAAGUCGCGGAUCUCACGAAAAAAUUAGCUCAGGUUGAAGCCGAUCUGGUAGCUAACAAGCAAGCUCUCGAGCAGGCUAACAAGGAUCUCGAAGAUCGCGAGAAAUCUCUUACCAACGCUGAAUCCGAGGUUGCUGCCCUUAAUCGUAAAGUCCAACUUAUUGAGGAGGAUCUCGAGCGUUCGGAGGAACGACUGAACACCGCGACCGCUAAGCUGGCCGAAGCUUCGCAGGCCGCCGACGAGUCCAGCCGUAUGUGCAAAGUAUUGGAAAACCGUGCGCAGCAGGACGAGGAGAGGAUGGACCAACUGACGAACCAACUGAAGGAGGCCCGCCUGCUCGCGGAAGACGCUGACGGAAAGUCUGACGAAGUGUCGCGCAAGCUGGCCUUCGUUGAGGACGAGCUCGAAGUCGCGGAGGAUCGCGUGAAAUCCGGCGAAGCCAAGAUCAUGGAGCUGGAAGAGGAGUUGAAGGUCGUUGGUAACAGCUUGAAAUCUUUGGAAGUCUCUGAAGAAAAGGCCAAUCAACGAGUCGAAGAAUUCAAGCGCCAACUGAAGACUUUGACGGUCAAAUUGAAGGAGGCCGAGGCCCGCGCCGAGUUCGCCGAGAAGACCGUCAAGAAACUCCAGAAGGAGGUUGAUAGGCUCGAAGAUGAAUUGGGUCUCAAUAAGGACAGAUACAAGUCAUUGGCCGACGAAAUGGACUCGACGUUCGCCGAAUUGGCAGGAUAUUAGAUUACUUUAUCUCGCUAUGCUUUGUGCCUAAUAAUCUUCUUGUCGGGAAAUCAAACAUUCUAUGUUCUUUGCGAACCGUUACAGGACUCGAUAUGUCGAGUCGUUUGACAAAAAGGCGAGACCAUGGUUGAAAUUAUGCCUCGAACAUGACACACAUACUACACUCACGUCCUUCGUAAUUAAUGUUGUUAUUAUAAUGGAAUUAUCGACGUGACCAAGUCGUGAUUAAUUCAACUCUGUUACAUUUAUUGUACGAAAGAUUAAGGGACAUUCAAUAAACAGUAACAUAAACUCAAUAAAUGGAUAUAAAAGCGCAUUUCUGCUCCGAAAUAAAAAUAUCAAAC